CGACCCUUAAAUGGAUAAAGCGGUAGACGAUGGAUGGAUAUCGUUGAACGACCACUUCAAAGAAGAAAAGAAAAAAAAGAUCCAUUAUGUCAAUGGCAAGACUUUAAAGAGAGGAACCCGUCCCAAAUGAGCACGAAGAUGCAUUUCAACGUCGUUUCAUGCGAUCAUAAAAAAGAACGCAUGUGUUGUGUUGUCGCUCGCUGUGCGCGAUGGAUUACAGCCUGUUUGUGUCCACGCAGGCAGCGGUUGGGUCUGCCUCUCCCCGUAUAGACAGUCGCUCCCUGGGGUUUGUGUACAGAAAUGGCACCGGUGAUAAUCCUGGAUUUUCCUCUAAUCUCCCUGCUUCUCUCUCCAGCGCGCGCGCGCACGCACACACACACACACACACACACACACACACACACACACACACGCUCCUCCGCCGGCCACCUCCACCCUCUGCCUCCGCCGCCCAAAAUAAAAAACCUCCAUCAUAACCAGCAGUGGAUGUGUGCGCCCCUCAAACUCAACCAACAAGUCACACAGGACAGGGGAUGUGCGGUUGCCCCCCCCCCCCUCCCCUUUAAUUUUACACUGGGGUGUAUUCAACUGUCACCACACUGUAUCUACUUGAUGAGUUAACAGGCUCAGGGGCUCACAGCUCCACUGUGCACUUGUGUGAUGUUUACAUGCACACUUUGGCACAUGUCUACUGACUUGGACAUUUCCAUCACUGUCAGUUUGACUGUCAGUCAACCAGUGUCAACGUGGAGAGAAACAUGCCCAUAAACAUGAAUGAAAUAAUUCACUGUAUCAUUUGCUCCAUCGUCACAGAUCAGUCUUCACUGUGAGUUGAUGCAGGUUUGUUCUCUUUGACAAUGUCCUCACACACUCCCAGUUCAAUAUACUCUUUGCACUUCAGGCCUUUUGAAAGUCGAUAUAGCAGCAUCCUUUUUUUGGCUGCCACCCACUACAUCACAGCAACCCCCCCGCAGCAUCAAAGUGGCGUGCAGGGGUGGACUGCUGAAUCAACAGCAAACCGGUCCAACAAUUCCCCCGCACCCUCUCCGCGGCGUUCUGAAAAAAAAGUGCCCCUCGCUGCUGUCUUUGAGGACUCCUCGGGGGAAAGGAAUUUUCCCAUUUCAAGGCCGCGAUCGAGACGCAUCGUCCCACGCGCGUCAGGAAAAAAAUCCUGUUACUGUGCAAUAAUUUCUUUUAUUUCUGCCUCGUUCUGCAUUUGUUCCUGUGUUUGCCCUUCACUUUUUUCGGUGGGGGUUCUGUGUGGGCAGAGUCUUUUUGUCCUCUCACCUCUCCACAGUGUGUGUGGGUUUUUCUCUGAGGGCCCCAUAAUGAGCUCCUCUGUGGGCUUCAGGUGCGGAGCUGUGAUGACGGAAAGUUCUGCAGUGCUUUUCUCUCUUCGUAUCUCUCUCUAUACACACACUUUUUUUUGUUUUACCAUUGCUCAUAAAUGACCCAUCUCUGCUCUCUCUCAUCGGUUUGUGCGGGGGCGACAGGAGCCCAGUCAGCGGCGGCUCUGCCCCCCAGCACCCGACAGAGCGAGUGCCAGCGAACGAAAGCUUUUUAUUAUCGCAGCACAGGGCAUCGGCCUCGCUCUCCGCCUGCCAGCAUGAUGAAGGACUGCCUGCAGUUCCUUGUUGAGCCGGCCAAAAAGCUCAAGAUCCGACUCAAGGAGUCCCGUAAGCGAGUCAGACACGAGAAGAAGGAGCCGCUGGUGGAAAGUCAGCUGUUUAUCAUGGAAUUGGCCCGAGAGCUGAACAAAAUUUGCCAGAGGUCAAACAUCCUAGGCCACAUCUGGACCAGUGAGGACAUCUGGCCAGCCAGCGUGUGUCGGGAUUUCAUCAUGCAAUGGGCCGCUGUUUUGGAGAAGAGAGUGCAGCCGAGGAUCAUCCCGUCCGAGUACCAGUAUGAAAAGCCGGGGAAGAAGGACUGGAAGGGUCACCUCCUCUGCAUGCUGGAGGCAGGAGGGGAGUGCGACAUGGGACCUCACAAGAGGGUCAUCAUGGACUGGACAGGGGGGAUUAAAAACAGGCCCCAGCCCACCGUCUGGCCGGGUGAGCCUGUGCUCAUGAUGCUGGACGACCUGGAGUUCCAGUGGAAGAGGGGCCGUCUCCCCAACCUGCUGCCCGCCGUGGAGCUCGUCAUGCUGGCCGUGCUGAACGCCGACAGCCCCGCCAAGGCGGAUGUGACUAAGCAAUGGCUUGUGGGGAAGCAGAGGAGCCAGAGGAUUGACGCCACCCGCUACAUCCCCCACAGCGUGUGGAAUUGGAUUUGCGAUGCAGCAGAGGACGUCACUCUGGACUCGGACUCGGCCAACCCAGACCUGCUCGUCUCCGGCGACGAAAAGCGCAUGCGAUGCGGCCUGGAGCGUCGCGCCGCCCCGCGGUGCCAGCGGCGCUUCGACGGAUGGUGGUGCGCCGUGGGCCAGGAGGGCUACACCUCCGGUCGCCACUACUGGGAGGUGGAGGUGGGCGAGCGCGACUGGCGGCUGGGAGUGGCGAAGGCGUCGGCCGUGAGGCGGGGCUUCCGCUCGCUCAACACAGACACGGGCUACCUGACCCUGCGUCUGGAGAGGGGCGCGGAUCUGAAGGCGCUGACGGUGCCCGCCGACCAGCUGCCACAGAGCUUGGUGCCCAGGAAAGUCGGGGUGUACCUGGACUACGAGCAGGGCCAGCUGUCCUUCUACGACGCGGAGAAGCGCUCACACCUGUACACCUACAACGAGAAGUUCACAGAGGAACUGUACCCGCUGUUCGGCACUGUGGAGGUGGUGAAAGACCUGGUGAUCACGCCCGCCGAUGUCAGACAGCCGUGCCUCUGCCCCGGGCCCUGCCUCUGGAACUGAACUGCUCAACGCACACACCGACCACUUUUCAGUCCCGAUCCUCAGCGGCCCACCGAGGUUGCGCUUUUACUUUGGUCUCUUAUUUAGUGGGUUCGAAUCUCGCGUGCUGGCUCCAGACCAAAGGUCUCCCUGCGGGCUGCCUCGGGAGAUCAGGAGCAAGAACCAUCAUUCUGCUUUACAACUUUCUGUUACUCUGCCUUCAUGGAGGAGGCAGAGUAUUUAUUUGACUAUUUGUACUGUAAAGAUGUCUAUCCCAGCGCUGUUGACCUCGGAACAGCCUUGUUUUUAACCGAACGUUGAGUUUUCAGAAGUCCAAAAGAACCGUAUAUUUUUUCGUGUUCGACUGAAACAAAAAAAACAACACAGGUUUUCAUGCCAUACAGUAAUCGCAACAUGGAUACGAUGUUUUGAUGACAUUAUUUUAUGACUCACAGAUGAAAAGUCACUUCAGUAAAGCACGAUGGCACUGUGAAGGGAUGUUCUGCUGCAGCUGAUGCAGGCACAUAACUGAAGACUGGGUUUGACGCAUGCUAAGAGUUAAGUCUUGCUCUGUUUUCGCUUCUUGGUUUCAAGCUUCCUCAGAAGUAUUUGUCAGGCAUGAGCUCGUCUUGGCAGCUGUGCUUUUGUUUAUUCGUGAAAUGUAUGAAGAUGCUAUUUUUGUUUCCUCACAAACAUCUGAAUAAAUGAACUGGAAAUGUU